AUGAGCGUCGGACAUCUGCGCCCUCCGUGUACGAUCACCCAAGUGCACAUCCAUGCAGCGCACCCUCUCAUCGUCUGCGCUCCACCUUGUGACAUCAACCGACGAGAGCCCUCCCGUAUGACGGAAUUCGGCCUUUCUGCUGAAAUUCCGCCAUUUCCUGGGCGAUCGAUGAAUGUAGUGGCUAGUGGAAAAGUGCGGAUUUCGAUCGGUUAUGCUUGA